AUGACUAUCGAUUUCUCCCUUUCGCCAGAGCAGGCUGCUCUCAAGGCCUCUGCACGCAAGUUCGCCGAACAGGUGAUUGCACCAUGUCGUGCACAGUACCUUCAAUUGCCCAAUCAGUACGAGCGCUUCCGUGCUACUCGAGAUGCCUAUCGCCAAAUGGUCGAGGGCGGAUGGAUCAAGAUGCAAAUCCCGGAAGAGUACGGCGGUACUCGUAAGAGUCUUGUCGAUGUUGCCUUGGCAUGCGAGGAGUUCUUCGCGCAGGACUCUAGCCUGCCAAUCACUUGGUUGGUGGUUGGCCUUGGACUGGCUCCCAUCUUCAUGUAUGGCACCGAGCAGCAGAAGAAGGAGUUCAUCACACCCUUUCUGACUUGCAAGGGAACACCUCUGGCUGCGCUCGGCUUCUCCGAACCCACUGGUUCGGCCAAUUGGCUGCAGAACGAAGGCGGUCGAGGUGUGCAGACCCUUGCACGCAUUGAAGGAGGAGAUGUGAUCAUCAACGGAGGAAAGAUCUGGGCUUCCAACAGUGGAGGCUGGGACUUCAAAGGCCCCGAGCUUCUCUGCCUCGUGUGUCGCUUUGGGACUCGAGGUGCUCCAGCAGACACUAUUGGAAUUGUGGUCAUCACUCGCGAAGAAUUCGACGACCCAAGGAACGCCAAUGCCUUCCGUGUUGGAGAUGAUAUUGAAACUCAUGGAUUCAAGGCCCAUUCCGGACCACGCACACACUUCACCAACUUCCGUGUCCCAGUCAAAAACAUCCUUGCCACUCCUGGCAAAGGUGCUAUCGUCAACGUCGCUGCUUUCACCGAGUCUGCAGCGUUGGUUGGUGCCGGUGCAGCCGGACUGAUGAGAUCCUGCUUCGAACACACCCUCAAAAUCGUCACGACCGAAAAGCGCGGCGGCUCCCGCCCUACAAUCGAAUAUCAAAGCGUCGCAGACCUCCUCAUCAGCAUGAAAAUGCGCCUCGAAACAACCCGCUAUUUGACCUGGAAAGCUUGCGACUACCUCGACAAAACAGGCGAGGCUGAGUUAGCCUAUCAAGCCAAAGUCUAUGGCUCCGAGACGGCGAUCCAAUGUGUCUUGGAAGCCAUGCAAGCAGUUGGAGUUACGGCCUACGAUGUCGAUCAACCAUAUGGUUUGAUGAUGGAUGAUGCGCUGUGCUUGCCACUGUUCGAAGGAUCGAAUGUGGGUAUUCGAAAGCGUCAGAUUCAGAAGAUUUUGGCUACUGCUGGGUAUGAUCCUGACUCGACCGCGAGCAAUACGAGCUGGAGCGAGGUGAGACAGGGAUUCCCAAAGGGAUUCUUGAAGUGUCAUCUUUGA